ACAGGAACUCUCAGCAACUGGAGCAAACUACACAAUAUUGAGAGGGGAAAAAUAUCCUUGCAUCCAUAGCUAUUGAAUUGGCUGAUAAUCAUCUAGCUCAGCAUUCAUUUGAGAGCAUGUGGAAGUGCAGUGGCCUGGCUGCAGGUCAGUAGCUCUGAAGAGUCUCUUCUGAAGCUUGUUCUCUGACCUUCCUGGACUGAUCUCUGCUAAGACUGAUGCAGGUCUGGAAUGUAUCUGACUCUCUUCGCCCGCUGGAAAACUUUCUAUGAGACACACCUUUCUAUCAAAAAACAGGUGAAUUUGUAACCAGGGAAGUGACAGCCAACUAAAGGCACCAUGAACGCAACACACAAAAACUCAUCUUGUGUUCAGUUUGAAGAGAGCGCUGUCAGUGACUUCUUGAUGUCUGUUUACAUCCUGGCUUUUGUUUUUGGAUUGAUCUUUAAUGUACUGACCCUUGGCCCCAUUAUUCAACAAGUGAAGCAACAAAAUGUUCUGGGAAUCUUCCUGCUCAACCUGUCUAUCUCUGACUUACUUUUCAUCAUCACUAUGCCCCUUUGGAUUAAUUAUUACCGCUGGGACCACCGCUGGAUGCUAGGUUCUUGGUCCUGCAACGUAGCUGGCUUUGUCUACUACUCUAAUAUGUAUAUCAGCAUCUACCUGCUCUGCUGUAUCUCUGUGGACCGCUGUCUGGUGGUCAGUUACCCACUCCGCUUCAAGACACACCGAACAUCUUGCUAUGCCUGGAUCCAGUGUGCCAUAGUUUAUGUUGUAGUGGUGGUGAUACACAUCAUAAUGCUCAUCUAUGACAAUCUCAAAGACGCCCAUGAUGAAAACAACAAUAAUGACCGUUGUUAUGAGACCUACCCUAUGGAGAAGCCUAUUGCCCUGUUUAACAUGCUCAGAGUAGGCCUUGGCUUCCUGAUACCUCUGCUAAUAUUGGCAGUGUGCUACUGGAGGGUGCUGGCCACUGUAGACCAAAGUCCUGGCUUGAGUGCCCAGGUUAAGAGGAAGGUCCGUCUCCUCUCCUUUGGAGUCAUUGGGAUCUUCUCAGUUUGCUUUGCUCCAUAUCACCUUCUUUUGCUCAUACGCUCACUAGUAUUUUAUAACAGCAAUUUCGAUACAUCUCAUGAUGGAAGUUACUGCAAGUUUGAAAAGCAAAUGCACUUCUUCUUCUCCUGUAUGCUGGCACUGUCCAGUCUGAAUUCCGUGGUGGACCCUGUGCUGUAUGUGCUGGUCAGUAAUGGAGUCUGGGAGCAGAUCAAACUGAUCUGGAGAUGCCCUAGACAGGUACAGACAGAAAACCGUGCACUCACUGCUUACAAAAGAGCAAAAUCUGCCGCUACUUCUACUGUUAAUUUAAUAUGAAAAAUAAGCUGUAUGUUAUAGACAAGUGUGUGUGUGUGUGUUUGCAUAUCUAUACAGGAUUAUGCAUGGCAGCUUUUACAAUUCAAAUCUUUAUCUCAUGAGUUAAGUAGCAGGAUUAUUUUCAUUCCACAAUUAACUGUUGUUUUGUGUAUGUGUAAUCAGACAUUCGUUGGGGCCACAUCUGGUUGUUAUUUUUCCUUCCUUAUAUCCUGCACAGUGUAAGGAGGAAGCUGAAUAAUGUAUGUGUCUCAGUGCUGGUUGAUUGGAUUGUAGUCUCAGGUUCUGCUCUCCCAGGGGUUCUUCAGUAGAAGCCACUUCUUACUUAGUUGUUGGACUCUGUUUCUGGAACUGAAGAGCCCUUGUACUUUUCUUCCAAUCUAUACAAUGAUAGUGUGACUGAGCCACCCUGAUAGUUAAAUGUGCAUUACCUCUAAAGCAUGCUAUAGAAAGUGUUUAUUAGCAAAACUUUGU